CUGGUGGAGACCUACCGCUCAGCUGGCUCAGACUUGGGCAUUGAGCUCUCAGGACAGUAGCAUUGAUUACAAUAUGUCCGAGAACAUCAUCCCGAGGAGACCGGCUCGUGAUUGCACUAUAGUUAUGGCAUUAGCGUGCGAGACUGUAUAAGAGGCCUUCGGGAAGCCAUCCACUCAUCACAUCCGUUCACUCUAUCUUCCCCUUCAUCACACAAGGCCCAAGAAAACGUAUACAUACUCGUCCGCCAACCCAACGACUGAAGCAGACAUUCAUCAUGAAGACAAUUGUUGCCCUGGGUGCUGGCCUUGCCGCCAUGCCCCUGAUCCGCCAGACCAUGCGGAACGUCGUGCUGCCAUCCGACUCGUACAAGCUCGUCGUCGUAGCCCCCAACACGCACAUGCUCUUCCCCCUGGCCAUGCCUAGAGUCCUUGUGCCUGGGGCCAUGUCCGAGGAUAAGGUCCUCCUCCCCGUCUCGAGCCAAUUUUCCGAAUAUCCCAGCGACAAGUUUCAAUUUCUCCAGGGCACGGCCGAGAGCCUGACCCCGGAGAGCAACCAGCUCAGCGUCAAGAGCGUGGACGGGAACAUGACAGAGUUGAGCUACGACUAUCUCAUCAUCGCCACGGGGUCAUCGUCGCGCGACAACACCCCUUGGAAGACACUCGGGACCACCGAGAAGACAAAGGAGCGCCUCUUUGAGAUCAGGAAUGAGGUCGAGCAGGCCAAGACCAUCGUCAUCGCAGGCGGAGGUGCCACGGGCACGGAGACGGCCGGCGAAUUCGGCUUCGAGUACGCCCAGUCCGGCAAGAAGGCCGUCUACUUUGUCUACAACGACGAGCUGCCCCUCGUCGCCGACAUGAUUCCCAAGGUCCGCCGGCAGGCCAAGUUGGAGCUCGAGAGGCAAAAGGUCAAGCUCAUUCCAAACUCCAAGGUCACAAAGGUCACCACCGCAUCGGGCAAGGAGACCGUCCUCGAAAUCACGGACAAGAGCGGCAAGACGAACGAGCUCAAGGCCGGGGCCUACAUCUCCGCGACGGGAGUCAUUCCCAACGCGUCGUUUGCACCCGCCUCCAUGCUCGACGCAGGGGGGUUCAUCAAGCAGACCACCACGCUCCAGGCCGAGGGCCACGACAACAUCUUUGUGGCGGGUGACGUGGGCUCGCUCGAGAUCUCAAAGGCCAUGGUCGCCGCGGCGCAGACCGAUCACCUCGUCAAGUACCUGCCGGGCCACAUCCUGGGGGGGGAGGCCAUCGCCACGUACACGCCGGACACCAAGAACGUCUAUGCCAUAACGCUGGGCAGGAGUAAGGCUACGGGGCAGAUGAAUGGGUGGAAGUUGCCGGGAUUUAUCGUCUCGCGCGUCAAGCGGAAUUUCUUUUCGGAGCAGGCGCCGGACAUGGCCAAGGGGAAGAAGACGUCGAGUACCACGUUUGAGAAGUAGAAGCAGAGUUGGGAGAUGGAGCUGGAGCUGGAUUUUGUGUUACAAUACGGGGAUUUCUAAUAUAUUAAUACAUUUUCGAGAACAUCUACAGCUGGCUCACCUGGGUCCUCAAUCUUCGACAAGGUCUAUAACAUAUAGGCUAUAAUCACACUGGA